AUGAAGGGUAAUGAAGAAACAUUUGCAUCUGAAACAAUUUCUUCUUCUGCUCUCCCAAAUUAUGCCCCAGAAAUGUUAAAAGAAGAAAAUGAAAAGGAACAACAAAUGACGGCUGCUCCUGGGGCUCAAUGCGGUUUUCUUUUUUAUAAAAAUUUUUUGAAAAUUUUUCGAAUUUUAGGUCCUCUAGACAUUUGUACAGGAGGGUCAACUUGUGUUGAAGGACUAUGUCUCUGUCCUGCAGGAACGCGUCCAUCCGUUAAAAGUAACAACUGCGAAACGUUUGAACAACGAAAAUCGUCUAUUCAACAAGAACAAAAUAAAAAGGAAUAUUCAAAAUAUACAAAUAAAAUUCCUAGAAUGCAGCCUGGACCGAUUGGUCGUCCAUAUGCUCGUCCAUCUGAAAGUUGUGCAAAUAGAGAAAUAUGUACAGGAGGUUCUGUAUGCCAAAAUUCUAAUAAGAUUUGUGAAUGCCCUCCAAGCAAAUCAAUCCUUCGCAAUCACAUUUGUAUUCAAUCUGAUGAACCUCCAAUGCUUAGGGAUGUACAUGCAUUCCCUGGCGACAAAUGCAAUUCUGAAACAAAUUGUGAAAGAGAAUCUGUUUGUGUGGAAGGAACGUGUCGGUGUCAAAACAAUGAAUUUACUCCAAAAAGUGGAAAUUGUACAAAAAGGAGUGUUGGCGAUUCUUCUGCAUCUGUUCAAUCGCCAAGUACUUUUGAGGCUGUUAAUGCGGAUUAUGACAACGUUUUGCCUCCAGUUCAAUUACCAGAAGAAGGAAGCAGUGUUGAAGUUCAACAUCCAAGAAUUAGUGGCCCUCCACUCAAAAAGCAUUCUUCCUCCUCCUCGUCUUUAAUAUCAAAUAUACUUCCUCAAUUAACCAAAAAUGAGCCACCAAUUAAAGGAGUUUGUCCUCCAGGAAAUUCGCCAACAAUAAGUAGAUCAACUGGACAAAUAAUUAAAUGUAAUGGAAUGACACCAAAUUGUCCACCGAAAAGUUAUUGUUUUGUUACAGGAGACGCCAGUGAAACUUAUAACUGCUGUAAAUCGUAUUAA